GGUGGUCACUAUCAAACCGAGUAAUUAUAUUGCAACUAAAUGGGUCUGAUUAAUGUAACUGGAUGGGUCGGAUAACUAUUAUUUGAUGAGACGGGUAACUGUAACUGGAUGAGUUGAGUAAUUGUAACUUGACUGAUCGCGCAACUAUAACUGAACGGGUCGAAUAAUUGUAACUGGACGGGUCAGGUAACCAUAACUGAACGGGUCAAGUAAUUGUAACUGGAUGGGUCAGAUAAAUGUAAUUAGUCAGGUCACAUAAGUGUAACUGGGUAAACUAUGUAACUUUAAUUGGGAAGGGUAUGAAAGUCACAAAGGUCUCUUUUUUGAAAAAAUAUAGAAGUGAUUCUAUUUUUGUCCAUGGGUUUCUACCGAGUAAUAUUCAUGACCUAACCCCACAAGAAAAAGAAAUGAAGAAGCUCCAAAAAGAAAGAAAAUAAUUAAUUUUCAAAAGUGUGAUUUGCGAGUAUUCACUAUUCCCUGUACCAUACACUCGGGUGUAUGUACAUCUGGUCCACUUAAUGAUAAAGUCCAUUAAGUAAUGAAGCCCUGAAGAAAAGGCCCAACGUUUUACCGAGUAAUUUUGUGGAGCUGCAACGAAACCAUUCAAAAACAAAAAGUAACUUCGUUCUCUCAGAAACCAAACUAUCUUCUGAUAUUUGUUAGCAUACCGACUCAAACAUUCAUAGCAAUCGUAUUUGAGCGCGAAAAUCGAGGAUCGCCGUCAAACGUUUGUGGAGUUGGUUGAUACUUUGGUAGAGUUGGCGGACAACAAGUUGAAGACAGAAGAAGAUACUUUUUGUUUGAGCAGCAAAGUGUUGGUGCUUGAGCAUUGAAGACAGUGAUGGAUAUAGUAUAUCUCAGUAUCAAAUUAUGUUAAACGUAGAUGAGCAUCCAACUGCAGAAGCAUCUAAGAGAAUAUAGAAUAUUCGGAGCUUGCAAUUUGAGACAAAAAAUGGAGUUGUGAGGACUGGUCAAUUGAGGAAGGUCUUAGAAGAAAACAAAAGAGGUAGAGGUUGGUUUAAGAAGAAUUUUUUGGUUCUCCUUGUAACAUGUCUGAUUGAAGGUAAGCAAAAUUGCUUUGCAAAUCAAAGCAUUCUGAAGGCUUUAGAGGAUGAUUCGAAAAUACCAAAUCCGAAUUGGUGUUGAUGUGCAUUGGAAACUUUAAUUGAAGCAAAGGACUAUCGGAGCAAGAACAGAACAAGACAGUUCCCUGGACCUCUAUUGUUUCUGAUUAUGUUCUAUAUUCACAACGUUGUGUUCAAAGGAAGAAAAGUGCAAAGAGAAUUGCCAUCUAUUAUUGGAUGGACAACACAAAAGCUGAACAAAAGAGAGAAGGAAGAAAUUGAAAGUGGAGGUUUCGGAUUUGGAUAUGUAGAUGAAGCUAAUAAAGGGGAACUGACAGUUCCAAAUGUGAUAAGAAAUGAACAAGAAGUUGGAACGACAAUUGAGGGAAACAUCAAUCAGCAUCCAAAGAAGGACAUUAUGAAGCAAUUUGCCGCAACCGCUAAAAAUUUGGCAGAAAGAAUUGCCAGUUUUGAUGAGAAGUUCCAAGAGGCUGCAAAGGCGUUGCCAGAUGACGAGACGAUGAAGGUUUUGAUGGGAAAAGUACAUGCACUUUUCAACACACUGAAGAAUCAUUGACUCCGGAUGAUGGAUUCUGGACAGAAGAAGUGCUCAAAGCAGUUGAAGCAAUUGAAAUGGCUCAUAAGAAAAGAGUUGAGCGGCCAACUUUUACACGAUAUGAAAAACCAAGCUUCAAGUUGCUUUCACAGGAGUCAAAUGAAAUGGAGAAUAGGGAUGAGCAUGAUGAUGAGCAUGUUAAUGAAGUUUUUGAGAAUUUAGGUAAUGGUAUUAAGCAUGCAGAGGAUGGUGGCGGUGAGCAGAUGAAUGAAGAUAGUGAGAAUGAAGAGGAUGUUAAUGAGGAUGAACAAAAUGCUGGAGAGGAAGAAGGUCAAGAAGAGAGAGCCAGAAGGUAUAAAAAGGUUAAACAAUUUGCACAAAAGCAAGUUGAUCCGAAAGAGAAGAAAGUGGAAAGAGAAAAAAGAGAAACAUUACCAACAACUGCUUUGAAAUCCCCGUUUAUGAAUAUAGUCAUAGACGCAAAGACAAUGCUUGGCAGUGAAGAAAGAUUAGUUGCAGCUUUUGUGUUUAAUGAUCAUCGUGACAAGAAUGUCGUGUUCUUCAAGAAUCACAACUUAACCCUUUCCAACGCUCAGUUGGAAACAUUGAGGAGCAACUUAAAAGUUGAUGUAGAAGUGACAGAUAUAUGGGCAAUGAUGCUUAACCGUAAUGAAAAGUUCAAAAGCCAUGAAGCUAAAAGUAGACUGCUUUUCUCAACAAAGCCAUGUGUAAGAAGUACAUAAUUCUUUAAUUAGUAUUAACCACAUCAAACUAAUAUGCUAAAAUAUUAAAUUAUAGAAUCAUGUGAGUGCUCCACAAACAAGGAACAAAAGAUUUGUUGCAGCUAUUGGUAUGAAAUUUCCCAAGGCAGAUGGCAAUAAGUUGGGGACAACAAACCUAUCCAUCUUCCCAGAUCAAUAGAACGGGUGCUACUACUUGAUGUGUUUUGAAUUGAAGAACAUGAAGUUCUACAUUAUUGAUAGUAGCGAUGGAGAUAUACGUGUUGGAGUGAAGUACUUGUUCCAACCAACUUACAUGAGAAGUGGAUUUGUGAAAUGGCUUCAACAAGAAGGGCACCCAAAGGCAGAUCAGGUUGUGAAGCUCAAGCCAGAAUUGGUCAAAAUGCAUUGGAGAAAUAACAAAAACAAAACCAAUGAGAGAGUGUAUUUGAUGAGGCAUGUGGAGGCAUUUAAUGGCGACACAACAUAGGAGUGUGGGCUAGACAAAGAAAAUGUAAGUUCAAAUAUUUUUAAUAUAGUAUUUCAAACAUAAUAAUUAUGUGAAAAUUGUAAUAUAUAAAUUGUAAUGUGUGUACAACAAAAAGCAAUUGAGAUACUGAGGAUUAAGUAUUUGCAUGCCAUAGUCAUAUUUGAGAAGAAUGAAAUCAAGGAGUUGAUGGAAAAAGUGAAGUAACAUAAUAUGCUUAUCUAGAACAAAUGGAAUGACACUGAGACAUUGAUG